AUGUUGCUGUCGCUUCAGCAAGCAGCCCGCCUGCUUCCUUUCCUUCUCGUUGCCGCUCUCGUCUCUGCACAUGGUGAGGCCCUCCUCACGGCCGAUCUCAAGGCCGAGAAGGUUGCACUGAAGACGGACGAUGACGUCGCGCAGAGGGAGGAGCGCUCGAUCGCGCCUUCGCCUGCCUACACUGAGGAAGAACUCAAGCUCCUUGAGCAGACCAAGGAGAAGUUCGAGUUCCAGUCCGACGUUAGCCGCAUCAUGAACAUCAUCAUCAACAACGUCUAUACCAACCGCGAGGUGUUCCUUCGUGAGUUGAUCUCCAACGCUUCUGAUGCCCUCGACAAGAUCCGUCUUCAGUCUCUUACCGACGCGACCAAGCUCGACGCCAAGAAGGAGCUCGAGAUCAGGGUGCAAUCCAACGCCGAGGAUGGUACCCUCACCAUUUCCGACACUGGCGUGGGCAUGACCAAGGCGGAGCUGGUGCAGAACCUGGGCACCAUCGCCCACUCGGGUACCAAGCAGUUCGCCGAGAUGUUGGGCAGCAAGGACGCCUCGUCGAACCUCAUCGGUCAGUUCGGCGUCGGCUUCUACUCGGCCUUCCUCGUCGCCGAUCGCGUCGUGGUGGUGUCCAAGUCCAACGACGAUGCCGACCAGUGGAUCUGGGAGUCGACCGCCGACUCUAACUACUCCAUCGUCAAGGACCCGCGCGGCAACACCCUCGGCCGUGGUACCUCAAUCACCAUGCACCUCAAGAAGGACGCCGACACGCAGACCUUCCUCAAGUCGGACAAGCUCCGCGAUCUCAUCAUCCGCUACUCGGACUUCAUCUCGUUCCCCAUCUUCCUGUGGGAGAGCCACGUCGAGCGCGUGCCCGUGAAGGAGGAGGCCGAAGACGACGCCGAGGACGAGGAGGCCGAAGUCGACACUGACGACGACGAGGAAACCGAGGACGACGAGGAGAAGAAGGUAGUCAAGGAGACCAUCCCCGAGCUCGUUUGGGACUGGGAGAGGAUCAACGACAAGCAGCCUAUCUGGACCAGGAGGAAGGAUGACAUCGAGGACGAGGAGUACGAAAACUUCUUCAAGGCCGUCACCAGGGAGGACAGGCCCCCUCUCUCCUACAUCCACUUCACCGCCGAGGGUGACAACGGUGCCUUCAAGGCCAUCAUGUUCCUGCCCGAGGCUCCCCCGUACUCCCAGUUCGAUAGCGCCGCUCGCCAGAAGGGCGUCAAGCUCUACGUCAGGCGCGUCUUCAUUACCGAGGAGCUCGACGCGCUCCUGCCCAAGUACCUCGCUUUCCUGCGCGGUGUGGUCGAUUCCGACGAUCUCCCGCUCAACCUUUCGCGCGAGACCCUUCAGGAGCACAAGGCCCUUGAGGUGAUCCGUAACAAGCUGGUGAGGAAGACCAUCGCCAUGUUCCAGCAGCUCGGAGAUGCCGAGACUGCCGAGGAGAAGGCCAAGUACGCCAAGUUCUGGAAGAGCUACGGCACCAACAUCAAGCUCGGCGUGAUCGAGGACAGCGGCAACAGGGCUCGCCUCGCCAAGCUGCUCCGCUACCUGUCGUCCACCACCGGCGAGAACACCUCGUUCGAUGACUACGUCGCCAGGAUGAAGGAGGGCCAGGAGGACAUCUACUACCUCUCGGGCGACAGCGUCGAGGCCCUCAAGACCUCGCCGCUCCUCGAGAAGCUCACCGAGAAGGGCUACGAGGUGCUCUUUGCCGUCGACCCCAUCGACGAGUACACCUUCCAGAACCUGCCCAAGUACGACAAGUACAAGCUCGUGAACCUGGCCAAGGAGGGCGUCAAGCUCCCCGGCGAGGAGGACGAGGACAAGGACCACGAGGAAGACCUCAAGGAGGUCAUCACCUACCUCAAGAAGACCUUCUCCUCCAAGAUCUCCCGCGUCAAGGUCUCCAACCGCCUCUCCCGCUCCCCCUGCGCCCUCGUCGCCGAGUCCUGGGGCCACACGGCCCAGAUGGAGAAGGUCAUGCGCGCCCAGGCCCUUUCCUCCAAGGACGACCCCAAGUCCCGCAUGUGGGCCGGCAAGAAGGUGCUCGAGAUCAACCCGCGCCACCCGAUCGUGCUCGAGCUCAACCGCCUCGUCACCGCCGACGCCACCGACCCCACCGCCAAGGACGUCGCCACCCUCCUCCUCGACACCGCCGCCAUCUCGUCGGGCUACAACAUCGACCAGCCGGCCUCGUUCGUCACCCGCGUCCUCCGCAUGAUCUCCACCUCGCUCGACCUCCCCGAGGCCGUCAUCGAGGACCUCGCCGCGCCCGCCGCUGCCGAGCCCGCCAAGAAGGCCACGGAGGCCGAGGCCGAGGCCGAGGACGAGGAUGAUGGUGGUGUGGACGUGGAUUUGGACGGCGAGGAGGACGAUGAGCACGAUGAGCUGUAA